CGCCAAGUCUUCCAAGUCCUUCGCAACAACGAGUUGUACGUCAAGAGGGAGAAGUGCACAUUUGCCGCCACGGAGGUUCCAUUCUUGGGGCACGUCAUUGGUGGAGGCAAGUUGAAGAUGGAUGGAGCGAAGGCGCAGGCAAUCCAAGAAUGGGAGCGCCGACGAAGGUGCCAGAGUUGCGGUCAUUCCUCGGCCUUGCCAACUACUAUCGGAGGUUUAUCAAGGGCUACUCCAACAUUGCAGCACCCUUGACGGAUCUCUUGAAGAAGAACAAGGCGUGGGAUUGGUCGGAAAGGUGCCAAGAAGCGUUCGAGACCUUGAAAGCAGCGGUGAUGAAGGAGCCCGUGCUCGUGCUCCCCAACCCGACGUUGGCCUACGAAGUGCAGACCGAUGCAUCCGACUUUGCAAUUGGGGGCGUGUUGAUGCAAGAAGGGCAUCCCAUUGCCUUCGAGAGUCGGAAGCUCAGCGAGACGGAGAGGCGAUACACCGUUCAAGAGAAGGAGAUGACGGCCGUGGUGCAUUGCUUGCGCACAUGGAGGCACUACUUGUUGGGGUCAAAGUUCGUAGUGAAGACGGACAACGUGGCAACGAGCUACUUUCUGACGCAGAAGAAGCUCACCCCUAAGCAAGCGAGGUGGCAAGACUUUUUGGCCGAGUUCGACUUCGUUAUGGAGUACAAUCCAGGCAAGGCGAAUUCCGUUGCCGAUGCUCUUAGCCGCAAGAGUGCAGCCGCAAGCAUCAGCCAGCCCACGUUUCCUUUGAAGGAGCGGAUCGUUGAAGGCCUUGGCCAUGACCCCUUCGCCAAAACCGUAGCGGAGUACAUUGAGCAAGGUAAAACUCGGCGGUUUUGGAUGAAGGAUGGGCUCAUCAUGACCAAGGGAGAGCGGGUGUUCGUGCCAAGAUGGGCCAACUUGAGGAAGGAGAUCAUGAAGGAGUGCCAUGAUUCCAAGUGGGCGGGCCAUCCCGGCAUCGAGAGAACGCAAGCGCUCAUCGAAGAAGCAUAUUUCUGGCCGCGUAUGAGAGACGACGUGGAGAUGUAUGUGAAGACUUGUCUUGUGUGCCAACAAGACAAGAUGGAGCAGAGAAGCCCGGCAGGCUUGCUAGAGCCCUUGCCCACGCCUCAACGACCAUGGGAGAGUGUGAGCAUGGACUUCAUCAUCGGACUUCCCAAAGUCGAUGGAUGCGGUUGCAUCAUGGUUGUGGUGGACAGAUUCUCGAAGUAUGGAGUGUUCAUUCCUGGGCCAAAAGACUUAACGGCGGAGGAUGCAGCACGGCUAUUCUUCAAGAACGUGGUCAAGUAUUGGGGCAUUCCUAGCAGCAUCGUGAGCGACAGAGAUGGGCGCUUCACGGGCAGAUUUUGGCGAGAUUUGUUCAAGAUCAUGGGCUCAAACUUGAACUUCUCGACGGCAUUUCAUCCUCAAAGCGACGGACAGACGGAGCGGGUGAAUGCCUUGUUGGAAGUGUACUUGCGGCACUACGUGAGUGCAAACCAACAAGAUUGGGUGAAGUUGAUGGACACGGCACAGUUCUCCUACAACUUACACCGCAGCGAGUCGACCAACACAAGUCCAUUCGAGUUGGCGACGGGGCAGCAACCUUUGACACCUACGACGGUGGCAACGGGGUAUAGAGGCAACAGUCCGGCGGCCUACAAGUUCGCUAAAGGUUGGCACGAGAAGAUGGAGAUGGCCAAGUCUUACUUAGCCCGCGCUAGUAAGAAGAUGAAGAAAUGGGCGGACAAGAAGCGGCGGCACUUGGAGUUUGAAGAGGGAGACAUGGUGAUGGUCAAGUUCUACCCUCAUCGCUUCAAGCAUCUCAAGAACGUGCACAAGGGACUGCUUCGCCGCUAUGAAGGGCCAUUCCCCAUCGUGAAGAGGAUUGGCAAUGUGGUAUACAAGGUAGAGCUGCCGACGCACUUGGAGAUCCAUCCGGUCUUUCAUGUGAGCCAACUCAAACCUUACCACGAAGACAAGGAGGACGAGCAACGAAGGGAGCCGCAGCACGCACCAACACUCGUCACCAAGACACACGACCAUGAAGUCGAAGAAAUCAUGGCGCGUUGUGUCAUUCCUCGUCGCGGCGUACAUCCAAGCUUUGUGGAGUACUUAGUCAAGUGGCGCAACCUUCCGGAGAGUGAAGCAACAUGGGAGAAAGAGCUCACGCUUUGGAAGAACAAGGACUUGAUCGAGGCAUUCCAUCAAGAGGACGCGACGAGGGCGUCGCGAGCAUAGGUGGGGGAGGAUGUCACAUGUGGCAGAUGACAUGGCGCCAACAAGGUGACAACAUGGCAGCAGCACAUGUGGCAUGCGUGGAAGACUAGUAGCAUAGAGAUGCUCCUAGGAUUCUCCACCAUAAUGUAGAGCUUGAUAGUGCACUUAUGAGUCACAUAAUGGUGACAUUGAUAGAGUGCAUAAUGGGGGGACUUAAUGGGGUGUAUUGAUGUAGUAGAUGGACUUUAUGAGGGGCAUUGAUGCCUUGUAUGUGGAGAGGCCUAUAUAAG